UCACUUUAUUUAUACUUUACAAAUCUCAAUGUUAUAUUGUUUUGCCAAUAAUAGUUCAUUACUGUUACAUCUUUAUUUUGUAUCGUCAUUAUUUUUAUCAUGGUAAAAGUCACAUAACACAAAAUUUACCAUUUUAGCCAUUUUUAAAUAUACAGUACAGGAGUACUAAGUACAUUCACAUUGUUGUACACCAUCACUGCCAUCCAUUUCCAGAACUUUUUCAUCAUCCAAACUGCAACUAUAUACCCAUUAAACAAUAAAUUCUCAUUCAUCUCUUCCCCCCCAAACCCCUAGUAACCCUUUUUCUACUUUCUAUGAAUCUAUUUUAAAUACCUCAUAUAAGCAGAAUCACAAAAUAUUUGUGUGCUUUGAGUCUGCCUUAUUUUACUUGGCAUGUCUUCGAGAUCCAUCCACUUUGGAGCAUGUGUCUGAAAUUCUUUCCUUUAUAUGGCUGAAUGAUUUUCCAUUGUACACAUACACAUUAUGUUUAUAAACAUACUAUGUAUGCGGUAUAUACAUAUACAGUUUGUCUGUUGACACUGGCUUGUUUCCAUCUUUCGGUUACUGUAAAUAAUGCUGCUAUUAACACUGAACAAAUACAAUUUUAAACCAUCGUUUUCAAAUCCAUUGGGAAUAUACCCAAAAGAGGAAUUGCUGGAUCAUAUAGUAAUCCUAUUUUUAAUUUGUUUGAAGAAAAUACUAUUUUCCGUAUCUUCUGCACCAUUUUACAUUCCCAUUUAUAUUCAAUCCAUAGCAAUGGAUUCCAAUUUCUCCAUGUCCUCACCAAUGCUUGUUUGCUGCAUUGUACUGUCCUGUUUUGUUUUGAUAGCAGACAUACUAAUGGAUGUGAAGUGCUAUCUCAAUGUGGUUUUGAUUUGUAUUUCUCUAAUGGUUAGUGAUUGUAUUAUCUUUUACCAAUAAAAAACAACUCAUUUUGUCUAAUUUAAUUAUCUGUAUAUUGAAAUGAUCUUUGUCUAAUUGUAACUGUGAAAGGAAAAACCUGAAAGUCAUUCCUAUCAGGACAGCACAUUUAAAAUGAAAUGGGUGGGAGGAUGAUGGAGGGGGGCAUUAAGGACAUGGGGCCUACGCACUCUCACCUCUAUGCAAAACACAAUACUUUAAAUAUAGCCCACCUCCAAACCAAAGUAUCCUGCUUCUUGCAGCCCCAGAUGGCAAGCUGUGAACUCAACAGAAAUUAGACUCUUUAUGCCAAUUAUAAUUUUGCAAAAUUUAUGUAAACCUUCUUGGAAUUCCCCUUUUUGCUUUUAAAAGCCCUCUGCUUCCCAUGUCCCCGAGAGCAGAGCACUAUUUGGGUUUUCUCUCAAAUCUGUCUCUCAAGUUGUAAUUCCUAAGACCUCCAAAUACAAGUGUUUGCCUUGCAUCCUUUUUGCAAUUUUUGUUUGACAUAACACCGUGAUCCCAGAUUUUUUUCCCUAUUGUUUUCCUGGCAUAAUUUAGUUCAUCUCUUUGUUUUCUACCUUCAAAUACCCUUUAGUUUUUCGUUCUGUUUUGUAAGCUGUAUUGCUGGUUAUUUUAAAAGAUCAUUCAUCCCUCAUGCAGCACAUAUCCUUUGGUUUGUACAGUACCAGUCACUGAGGAUGCAGUUUGGAAGGGGGUUAUAGUCAAUGCUAGAAAACAAACUUUACAAUUCAAAGGAGCCGUUUUAGGGGCACCAGGAUGGCUCAGCGGGUUAAGCGGCUGCCUUUAGCUCCUGUCAGGAUCUCAGGGUCCUGAAAUAGAGCCCUGCAUGCGGCUCCCUGCUCGGCGGCAGAGUCUCUUCCUCUGCUGCUCCCUCCUGCUCAUGCUGUCUCAAACAAGGAAAAUCUUAAAAAUAAAUAAAGGAGCCAUUUUAAAAAGAAGUAAUGACUGUUGUGAAAAGGUAGAUGCUGGGUUUAUGCUUUUGUUUUUACCCAAUGUGAAUGUCAGUGUGCAGGUUACGACAUGUAGACGUAAUUUUUUUGAAAUGCAAAAAUUCGUAAAAAAAAAAAAAAAAGGUUAACAGCUGAGAACAAAAACCCCCAAUAAUUACACAGCAACAGCUAUCAAACAAGAUGUCAAGGGAGCAAAACUAAAAUUUCAGUCAGGCCGAAAGAUCGCAAGAAACCAAAGCGGGCAGCACAGCCUGGGGCGACAAGCCUGCCCGGAUCCAGCACGAUUCGCAGAAAGACGCUGCAGCACGUCCCGCCGCGCUCUCAAGGGGGGGCCACACCCCGAGGCUGCCCAGAGGAGCGAGGCCGCUCGGCUCCUGAAGCCUGGGACCCGAGUCUGACCAGCCUCGGUCAACGGCACAAGACUUGCGGUUUUUGCCUCUGAGCCUGCGCCGAAAUCUCCCCCUCCGGACAGUACUUUCGGUCCCGGGUUCGCAAACAGCCGGCAACGAGGCCUCCCCCGCCGUGGGUCACAUCUUGGCAUUCCAGGAACUUUUGCUGACACACUGCACUCACCAACCAAGAACAAGCAGCAGCGAGCGGCUAAUUCUCCAUGUUUUUAAAUACAUACUCACUUUUCCCAAAAAGGGCGCCCGAGCGGAUACGCGGUGAGACACACAGAACCGGGCCUCGCGCCGCCUCCGGCUCCCCGCAAGACGGCUUUCGCCAGCCUCGCCGCGGUUGGCCCUUUUCGGACCCCGUAAGCCGCCGUCGCGUGACGCUGUCUGGGAUAGAGAGUCCGAAAGGAAAAGCUCCGCGGUUCGGCCGAGGUGCCCGGUUGGUCUCUCGUGCGCAGGCGCAGUUGCGCCCGGCGGCCUGGCGGCGGCGGCGGAGGCGAAAAAUGUCUCGGGGCUAGGUGUCCUGCUCGUCUCCGGGGCGCUCCGCCGCUUGGAGUCCGCCGUGGCGGCGGGCCCAGGUGCCUUUCCCAGGAGGGGCAGGAGAGAGGAAGAGAUGGCCACAAGGUUGCUGCCGGUCCAUGCUCAGGAGUCUGUGACAUUCAGGGAUGUGGCCGUAUUCUUCAGCCAGGACGAGUGGCUGCACCUGGACUCUGCACAGAGAAUGUUGUACCGGGAGGUGAUGCUGGAGAACUAUGGCACCCUGGUCUCGCUGGGAAUUCUGUUUUCCAAACCAAAGGUUAUUUUCCAGUUACAGCAAGGGGAAGACCCCUGGAUGGUGGAAAAUGGAGUUUCUCAAAGCCCCUGUGUAGGAUGGGAGAACUUGUUUGAAACCACAGUUUCUGAAGAAGAAAAUCAGGAAGUAAUGAAUAAACUUCUAGGUGACAGUUUUUUUGACUUCAAGUUGGGGAAAGCCUACAUAAAUGAGAACAAGCUAGAAAAACAACAAGGCAAAAAGAACAAGCCUUUUAGGAAAGUCUUGGUCACCAUCAAAAACACCUACAUCAGGGAGAGGAGCUUUGCAAGUAUUGAGCUUGGGAAAAAUUUCAAUCUGAAACCAUCCCUUAUUAGAAAACCCAGACUCAUUACCAGAGGAAGGAAACCCCACUCACAGCACUAUUCAGUUCUGUUUAAACAGCUGGGAGUCAAUACAGUACGCAAAUGUUACAAAUGUAACAUCUGUGGGAAAAUCUUCCUCCACAGUUCUUCCCUGAGCAAACACCAGAGAAUCCACACUGGAGAGAAGCUCUACAAAUGCAAGGAAUGUCGGAAAGCUUUCAGCCAAAGCUCAUCUCUCACUCAGCACCUGAGAGUUCACACAGGAGAGAAACCUUACAUAUGCAGUGAAUGUGGGAAAGCCUUCAGUUUCACCACAUCACUCAUCGGACAUCAGAGGAUGCACACUGGAGAGAGACCCUACAGAUGUAAUGAGUGUGGCAAGACAUUUAAAGGAAGUUCAUCUCUGAAUAAUCACCAACGAAUUCAUACUGGAGAAAAGCCCUAUAAAUGCAACGAGUGUGGGAGAGCCUUCAGCCAGUGCUCUUCUCUUAUUCAACAUCACAGGAUUCAUACUGGAGAGAAACCCUAUGAAUGCAGUCAGUGUGGGAAAGCCUUUACAUCUAUAUCACGGCUUAGUAGACACCAUAGAAUCCAUACUGGAGAGAAACCCUUUAAUUGUAAUGAGUGUGGGAAAGUAUUCAGUUACCACUCAGCCCUUAUCAUACAUCAGAGAAUUCACACUGGGGAGAAGCCUUAUGUGUGUAAAGAAUGUGGGAAAGCCUUCAGCCAAAGCUCUGCUCUAAUACAGCAUCAAAGAAUUCAUACAGGAGAAAAGCCCUAUAAAUGCAAUGAAUGUGGGAAGGCCUUCUCCUGGAUUUCACGGCUUAAUAUACACAACAGAAUCCAUACAGGAGAGAAACCGUAUAACUGUAAAGAAUGUGGAAAAGCCUUCAGUUCCCACUCAGCAGUUAAUACCCAUCGGAAAAUUCACACUGGUGAGAAACCUUAUAAAUGUAAUGACUGUGAAAAAGCCUUCAACCAAAGCUCAGCCCUCAUUCAGCACCAGAGAAUCCACACUGGAGAGAAGCCAUUUAACUGUAAAGUAUGUGGGAAAGCCUUCCGACAGAGUUCAUCCCUCAUGACACACAUGAGGAUUCAUACAGGAGAAAAGCCUUAUAAAUGUAAAGACUGUGGGAAGGCAUUUAGCCAGAGCUCUUCCCUUACCAAUCAUCAGAGGACUCACAGUGGUGAAAAACUAUAAACAAAAUGCAUGUGGAAAGCCGUCCAACUGAAGUUCAUUCCAGAGUCAAUUUCAAAAAAAAAAUUCCUCCUGGGCAGAAAGUGAUGAAGAGUAGUUGUGAGUUAAACUUCAGAAUGUAGACCUCAUCAGACAUCAAAGACUUCAUGAUGCAGGUAACCUUAGGUGUAUUAGGAAAGGUUCCAUGAAAUGUUUUUUUUUCACAGUUUUUAAGUUAUUACUGACUAUAAAGUAGAGAAAGUGUAAGGUUCUUUUAUCUUCUUCCUAGUGACUUGCAGUAGGAGCUCCCCCACCCAGCUUUUGCAAGCAUCACCAGGAAGCAUGUGGAUUUAUGUAACAGUGCAGCCAUAAAAUCUAGACUUUAAUCUGGGAAUCUAUUUUUUUUGAAAUUAUAUUUGAGUGUUAUGUAAGCCAGUUAUCCUAAGAAGAAUGUUUUGGAGAAGAAAUGUAAGCAGCUGACCUGUAGCUACCUCACUGUCACUAAAAUGUGUUUUUUAAUAGUGUAAAGGCAAAUCCUGUACUUGGUGGUUGUGAAAACUUUGGGGGGUUGUUUCUUUGCUUUCUAAGCUAUUUACCUGAAAAGAAAAUCACUCCAUAAACUGCAGGUGUACAGUCCUGUGAGUUUUUUCCCUACUUGUUCCAACUCUGAAGCAGAUCUCAAGUCACUUUAUUUUAAAACACAAAAUGCAGGGUGUUUCACUUGGUUUUAUCAUAAAAUGAUUACCUUUGCUGUGUUAGGUUGAGAAUUAAAAGUUAUUCAGACAACUACUGCUUUUGCAAGAUAAUCUACUGAUAAAUGUGAGCAGUGAUCUUACAGUGUAGCCAUGGAAACAUGCCUCUUGGCACCGAGGCUGUGCCUGCCUCAUUGAGCUCUCUCCUUACUGUCCACCAGGAAGGCCCAGGAACAGUGUGGAUCACCAUUUGUCCUCGCUAGAGGUAAAGUGAACCAGGUAACGUUCACUCCCUCCCUCCUGCACUCUGAGGGCCACAAGACCAAUUCAGACUCUUAGUUCAGUAAAUGGACUGUUACGUGCUUCAACAAGUUAGCAUGUUUCAGCACUUUUAAAAUGUGAAUAAUAAUUCCAGCAACAUUAAAACGUUAUCUCCCAAGUCAAACUAAAAUCAUUGAACAUGACAGAAGCAGUGACCUCUAGUUUUGUCUGGUAUCAGGAGUGGGCAACCACUUAAGGACUGAAAUACCUAUUUUGUUUUGUUUUGUUUUGUUUUUAAAAAGUGUAAGUUCUUUCUCUUUGUCAAGGAGUUAAAAAAUAUACCUCUGAAAAGGUACUGUUGGGGGUGGAGACUGAGCUAAAGCAAAAAUCAUUGAAUUCAACUUUUGUUUCCUGUUUCAGACUCGUUGGGAAGAGACUUUUCUGGGUCAUGUAAUUCUCCACUGCAGUGCCCCUUUCCCUACAACCAUUCUUUUAAAUUCUCUAGUUUCUGGGAAGAUUUCUAGGAAAAUAUAAUUUCCCUGUCUUAGUCCAUUUUGGUUGCCAUUAAAAAAAAUACCAUUAAAAAAAGUUUGGGCAGCUUAUAAACCAUUGAAACUUAUUUCUCACAGUUCUGGAGGCUGGGAAGUCCAAGGUCCUGGUACCAGCAUGGGUGUGUUCUAGUGAGGACCCUCUUGCUGGUUCCUAGCUGGUGGCUUCUUGUAUCCUCACAAUGGCAGAAGGAGUAAGGGAGGCUCCACCACCAUCACAGCCCCUCCCAAAGGCCCCACCUCCUAAUGACAUCAUCUUUGGGGUUAGGGUUUGAAUAUGAAUUUGGAAGGGGCACACAUUCAGACCAUCACAUCUCCAAGAAAUAAUAUAGUCCUAAAGAUCAUUGCCCCAAAUAAAUCUGAAUAGAGUUACACAAAGAAAAUAUUAGGCCCAGUUAUUUUUAAGUUGAGGUCUACCAGACUUGCAAGUAACAGGGCAUUUGAGUCUUAUGCAGGAUCUUCCAGAGGAGAUAAUGUACAAGCACAAUGAUUCCAUGUAACCCAGGACCCAAAUCUGAUGAGGGAAGUACAAGAAAGAAAAAAAUGCAGGCCUAUAUCAUCCAUGAACAAAAAUGUAAAAAUCCUAAACAGAGUAAAUGUAAUCCAGAAGUACCUCAACAUAGUUAAUGCGUCAUAAUAAAUGUAGAUUUUUCAUGGGAAUGGAUGGGCUACUUGUCAUUAGGAAACUUACAUAUGCUGUGUACCACCUGGACAGAUUAAAGGUGCAAAAUCCAUAUGUUCAUCUUAAUAAACGGAGACAAAGCAACCAAAAUAUUCAGCACCUAUUCAUUAUAAAAACUGUUAGCCAAGCUAACAAUGGAGAGAACUUACUUAACCUGGUAAAAGGUAAAAAAGAAAAAGGCAAAAUAUUAAAAGUAGUCACAACAGGAGGAGUUUAGAGAAAGAACAGAUUAUUCAAUAAUAAUGGCUCUGAGAAAAAUAGUUCAUCCACAUAGAAGAAAUAUCGGAUGCUUACCCUCACCACAAAAAGAAUCCUGUAAAAGGCAGAAUUGUGUAUUUUAGAAGAUGUAAAGGAUAACUAUGACCUCACAAUAGGGAAGGAUUUUUUAUACAGGUAAGCCAUGAAAUCUUUUUAUAUAUUUGCUCAGAUUAAAAAAAAAAAAUCUGGUCAUCAAAAUAUACCACAAAGGAAAUGAAAAG